AUGGAAAAUUACAAUAAUGAAUAUUUGGAUCAAGUACCAAAUAAUAAUGAAGAGAUAGAUAAUGAGUUGGUUAGUCAACCUAGCAUACGUGGACCCGGACAUCAAGUGACCGAAGAUGAUUUAGCUACCGCUCAGGCAGUUGCAGAAGCAGCAUUGGCAGAACAACAAAAUCAACCAGGAAAUGCUUUUAAUAACGUCGGACAAGGUUUAGUUUCGACCCAUAGAGACAACAUGAUCCGAUAUUGGCAAGAAACUAUUGAUGCUAUUGAAAAUGAAGAACAUGAUUUCAAAAACCAUCAAUUACCAUUAGCUAGAAUUAAGAAAGUAAUGAAAACUGAUGAAGAUGUUAAGAUGAUAAGUGCUGAAGCACCAAUUUUAUUUGCCAAAGGUUGUGAUAUUUUCAUCACCGAAUUAACCAUGAGAGCUUGGAUCCAUGCUGAAGAAAAUAAAAGAAGAACUUUACAAAAAUCCGACAUCGCUGCUGCUUUAACUAAAAGUGAUAUGUUUGAUUUCUUGAUCGAUAUUGUUCCAAGGGAUGAAGAAAAACCUAAAAAGAGUAAGCCAAAAAAUGUUGAAUAUCAAAAUUAUCAAAAUUAUCAAAAUUAUGAAAACUUUCAAUAA